GAGAUGGCGUGGAGGGGAAGCUUGGCUGAACACUUCUCACCCAUCUCUGUGGUUGCACCCGUGCAAUUUUUUUUUCCAGCACAGAGAGCAACACAAGGAUGAGGCAGGCAGCUCGCUCUCUAAAUGGAGAGGUCUCAGUGCCCUGCAAUGGACUGACGUGUUGAUGAAGGUUUACCUUACUUUACAUGUCUGACUGCUGUGUGUGAGAACAGAAAGGAGGGAGACAGUGAAGGUGCAGAGGAUGAGGAAGUGAGGCUCAGUCUGCACAGGUCUGGGCUCAGUGACACACACACGUAUGGAUCCUCUGAUGCUCCUGAUUCUCCUCAUUCCUGGGUGCACAGGUCCCGACAGUGUGUUCUCAGUAAAAUGGAUGUCUGUACAGAGUGGAGGAUCUGUCACCAUCCCAUGUUUAUAUAAAGAUACAUAUAAAAACCAUGUGAAAUACUGGUGCAGAGGGAAAGAUCAGUGGUCAUGUACUACCAUAGUACGGACUGACUCUCCACAGACGAAGGGUGAUGUGUCAAUCAGAGAUGAUUCUGACCAGCAAGUCUUCACUGUGACCAUGAACCAUCUGACAUUUGCGGACGAUGAUUUCUACUGGUGUUGUGUGGAGAUCAGUGGACAUUCAGAUAUUAGACACUGGGUUUUAAUAAAAGUGAUUGAUUUGAUGACUGUAGCCAAUGAGACACACAGUUCCCCAAGGCUGUCAGUGGACAAACAGAAGGUGACUGGUGUGGAGGGAGGCAGUGUCAGUGUUCAGUGUCGCUAUGGACACCGUAGCAGUGAGAUGAAGUGGUGUAAGAUCAGGGGUUCCUGUGUAUCAGUGAAUUCUGGGAGUUUGGAUGGGACGCCUGUGGAGAUCAUGGCUGACAGAGUAAAUGAAGUCUUCAGAGUGACAAUGAGGGGACUGGAGAGGAAGGACACUGGCUGGUACUGGUGUUAUGAUGGAUACAAUCAGAUCCCAGUUUAUAUUACUGUCAAUCCAGCAGCUACAACCACAACCACCACUGAGCUUCCUACUGUCAAUCAGAAAACUACAACCACAACCACCACUGAGCAAACUGUCAAGGCUUCUGCUACUGGACUUACCACCAAAAUGCUCCUACAGACAGACUCAGCACAUGAUGGAGGAGGGAGUAAUGAAACAGAGCGGUGGCAGCAGGUUCUGGGUGCAGUGCUGAAAGCUGGGACUGGUGUGUUUUAUCUGAUCUGCACCAUCAUCGCCAUUCAGCUGCACUGCAGCUCCUGCAGAAAGAGGGGAUCCAAUCAGAGAGAAGAGGGAGGGGCCAAUACAAACCACGUGUCUUAGGAAAUUCUGAUUAGAUACACAAGCCUGCUAAUCCUCUUAAAAUGACUAACAUACACCCUCUGUUAGUGCAAAUAAAUGACCAAACCCCAAGGCUGUAUCAGUAGGGUUAUGCUGUGCUUGUAUGAAAUGUGUCUGCAUGUUUCAGAUACGUUUCAGUUUAUACUUUAGUCAUUGUUUUUGUGCUUGAAUCUCCCUGGGUCAGAGGCAGCUGGGAGGGGGGGUGACCUUUGUGGGGCAGAAUGAGUCAGACGAGAUGUAAAAUAAAUGGUUAUGCUAACUGCAGUGAGGCCUCUCUCACGCGGUCCUGCUCACUCUGUCCAGUCACAUCAUGAGAGCCAGUUAAACACAGAGCAGUGUGGGAUUAUCUGCUGGGACCCUGUAAAUCCAGUGCUUUGUACCUCUACUGGCCUCUUCCUCACAAGCUCUUUGCUGCCACCUGCUGGUUAGAUCUCCCUUUGUUUUGUUUUCUUCAGAUUUCACUUGACUGUCUUAUCACUGCUGCAACAAAAGUUUAAUGAUGCAUCUUUAUUUGGUGAAAGUACAAUGAAAUCUUUUCACAUUGCAUAUUAAUUCUGGAAUUCCAUGUAUGCUAAU